CUACCUCCUCUUCUUUCUACCUUCAUACCUUUCUUUCCUCCUCCCCCAAGGAACAGAGAAAAGGGAGAGCUCUUUCCUCAAUAAAAUACGAAAACCACACAAGGAGAGGAACACAACAAAGACAAGGCUCAGCAGUAGAGCAAUAGGGAAUUAAGCAAGAGUAGAAGACGAGUUGAUGGCCUCUUCUCUCUUCUUCUCCUUCCUUCUUCUCUUGGCCUCCCUGCUUCUCUUCUCCCGUGGGGCCGUCUCCUCUUUCCCCAACCUCACCACCCUCUCCUUUGAGGAGGGCUACACCCAGCUCUUUGGCGACUCCAACCUCAUGCUCCACCGCGACGGCAGAGCAGUCCACCUCUCCCUUGAUGAGAGAACUGGUGCCGGUUUUGCCUCCCAAGAUCUCUACCUCCAUGGAUUCUUCAGUGCUAACAUCAAGCUCCCUUCGGAUUAUGCCGCCGGGGUUGUUGUAGCAUUCUAUAUGUCAAACGGGGAUGUAUUCGAGAAGACGCACGAUGAAUUGGACUUUGAGUUCUUGGGGAACAUAAGAGGAAAAGAAUGGAGAGUUCAGACCAAUAUCUAUGGCAAUGGGAGCACAUCAAUUGGAAGAGAAGAGCGAUAUGGCCUCUGGUUUGAUCCCACAGAAGAUUUCCACAAGUACUCCAUCCUGUGGAGUCAUGAUCGAAUCAUGUAA